CUUCGCCCCCCCUGCGAGUUUGUGACAGUACGAGCCUUCACAACUAUGCCGUCUUCAUCAUCAUCAACGGUUGGAAAAGAACGAAGCCGUACAAUGGACUAUGAGCCUGCUGUUUAUUGUUGGUGCGGAUUGAAAGCUCCUCUAUGCGUUGGACGAGAGAGUGGCAAAAGUUUUUAUGGCUGUAAAAAAUGGAAGGUUGGGAGCUGCGGUUUCUUCUUAUGGAAGGAAGACGUUGGAAUAAAAGAAAUUGUCAGCACUGAAAAGAAGAAAGAAGUAAUUAUGGCUAAAGAGAAGAGCGAAAUCGCAGAUGAUUUGAAAAAAUUGGUUGAAGUACUUGUCCUAUAGAUUUCACAAGUUCAGAGUGAUGUUGCUUGUGUCAAAAGUGUGGUUGAGAAGGAGGCAAAGAUUAACAAAAAAGUAGGAAGUGGUAUGGGUUAGCUAUGAUUGUACUUCUUGGUUUAGUGGGGAGUGUGUAUUUCAGGGUGUAAGCUUGGUUUGCAAUGUCAAAAUAGUGAGUUGUUGGUCAUGUGUACUGUAUUUCAGUUUCUUAGUUAUGUAAUUGCUUUGUAAUGGCACAAUGUAGCUUGAAUACAAUUAUUUCAGUUUCAGUUUCAGUUUCAUGUGCAAACAAGAU